AUGCCAGCACUUAUUUGUUUUACAUUAGGAAUUGUCGCUGGUUCGAAAGCAUUAGCCGAGUUGAGUGUUCCAAUAUUUUUAGCAGUUACAAAUCUUUAUCCAUCCCUAUUGAUAUUUUUAGAUAAAAAAAUCGAAUUGAGCAAUGCAUCGCUUAAAGUUUGCGGUAGCGCAGGAACAUUGGGAACGAUUAUAAUAAUAAUAAUAUUCAUAUCGAAUCCAAAUUCAAUUUCUCCGAUUCUUUGGCUGUUAACUCACAUCAUAUUAAACAUAAUUUAUUAUUUAUAUUUGUCUAAAAUGAAUUUAGAUUUGUCAAACACGACACAGAUAUAUUACAGAAAUUUUUUCAGCGUCAUUUUUCUUUUUCCAAUAAGUUUUUUUCUAGAUGUUUUACACUUGCCAAGAAACGGUGGUUGGGAAUUUUAUGGGGGUUGCUUUUUAAGCGGCAUUCUCGGCACACUAUUACAAAUGUGGACUUUUAAAAUAUCAAAUCAACCAAAUUUUUUACUAAUCGAAGGAAUCUCUAAAAUUUCAUGCAGUUUAAUUGCUCAUAAUUUAUUUUUAUCCUCCAAUAUUGAUCCCUUCGUGUGGAUUUUAAUCCUCAUUAAUUUUUUUAUUUGUAUGAUUUUCAUAAAUAACAGUCGAAAAGAAAAUGUCAAUGUUAAAUCUAAAAUAAAUUUAUCCAUUCCGUUAGAAGACGAUGAUAAAUAUAUGACAGAAUCAUCUGUGCCAUUAUUAAUCGUAUAA